CUUUUGGCGCACCGUCCUGUCGGCGCGUCGUCCCCACGUUCCGUCGUCUCUCGGCCGAGAUCGCCGUGCCGGGUGCGGCCCGAGGGACCCGGACCGGACAGGGAGGGAGAAGGACGGAACUUGACGCGUCCGCGCCCACGGAACUCGCCAUGGGGGCGGUGGCCAGUGCAUUGAAAGAAGAAGUCAUCGCCUAUUCCUACUUGGCGAGAUUGGUGAAACAACUCUUGUUGGACCCGACGGUUCGGUCCAAAACGACCCUGCUGACCUUCUUCAGUGGCUUUAUGUCAAUUGCCGUGGACGAGAUGAUCCACCAGUCACAGUGUAGAACGUGUGAGGAGGUCUUGGAGAACGUCUAUGGCAAAGACUUGUUUGCAUUGCAAGGUAAAGUUGCGCUGAUCACGGGGGCGAGCAAUGGCCUUGGCCUGGAAAAUGCCAGGUGCCUGAUGAAAUACGGCUGCCAUGUGAUUUGGGCUGUGCGCAGUCCAGACAAAGCAGCCUCAGUGUUGAACCAGCUUGAGAAAAAGGAGAAGCUCACUGGCAAGGCGACGAUUCUGAAGAUUGAGCUGUCGGAUUUGAGUAGCGUGAAGCCCUUCGUUGAGUCUUUUUUAGCUCUAAAUCUGCCACUGCACUACCUCAUUUGCAACGCAGGGAUCAUGUCACCAACAGAGUGGCUGCCGUCUAAGCAAGGCUUUGAGCUUCAGUUUGCCACCAACAAUUUGAGCCAUUUCCUCUUGACGGAGCUUCUUAUGCCGAAGUUGAAGGAGACAGCCAAGACCGGUGAGGUUCGCGUUGUGAUUCUGUCAUCCUUAGCAGGUGCGUCCUGCUAUAACUUUGAUCCGGCCAAGAUCCCGUGUCCGCAAGAGGAAUACAAUGAGUUCUCAGAGUAUGCAGUUUCCAAAGCUGUUGAUUGCUUACACGCGAGACACAUACAAAAGCAUGAGAAGAACAUCAUUGCCUGUGCUGUGCAUCCUGGAAUCAUUGGAACCGGCCUUGGGGGUGGGAAUCGAGGAUUAACCUCCUUGCUCUACAAUGGCAUGACCAUGGCCAUGUUCCGGAAGCCUGUAACGAAAGGUGCUGCAACCACCAUGUACUGUACAGUGAGUCCAGAUGUCACCGAACAUAGCCAGAAAGGUGCGUUCUUUUAUUUUAAUUGUGCUUCUCAGAGACCCCGGAACAUCCUGGGUGCUCGAGAUGACUUGGUUGAGAAGUGCCACCAACGCCAGCUGGAAUUGGUGAAGCCUUUCAUGUAGCGCUCGAGCGACCGGCGACCUUUGUAGAGAAGGUGGCCACUGGUUUUCAGACAGACCUGCGAGAGCGAACAAGUCGGUGCCAUGCGCAGC